GCUUCUCAGUCAGAGCGACAGAAACGCCCUGACGGAGAUAGAGGGAGGGAGGGAAGGAGAGCGAGAGAGAGAGAGAGAGAGAGAGAGAGGGAGAAAGCCAUUGAAUUGAGAGAGAGAGAGAGAAUAGCGGAGAGAGAAGUUUGUAGCCUACUGGAGAAAUGUUGGUGGAGAUAAAUUGAAGCGGGAGGAUAAGAAAAAAACGCAAUAUUGUUUAAGAGUAAAUCAUAACUUUAUUUAUGAACUAUUGUGUUAGAGAGAGACACAUAUAGAGCAUCCCGUUAUCGAACAAAUUGAUCUGAUGAUCAUGACGGCAGCUGUCGACAUGAAACCGACGUUAACCAUCAUAAAGUCUGAAAGAAUGGACGGCGGUAUCGCUUCCCGCCACAUUUCAGAACAGUGUCAGGAAACUGUACUCACGGAAUGUUGCAGUUUGGGCUGAAAACGGGACAGGCAUGAUCUGGAGUGUGGAGAUGUGCCCCUGCUCACUCCAGGGAGUAAAGAGAUGAUGUCGCAGGCUCUGAAGGACACGUUCAGCGGCUUCACAAAGGAACAGCAACGACUGGCUAUUCCCAAAGACCCCAGGCAGUGGACAGAGAGCCACGUGGGAGAGUGGCUGACGUGGACGGUGAAUGAGUUCAGCCUGAAGAGUGUGGACUUCCACAAGUUUUGUAUGAACGGGGCCAGUCUGUGUGCUUUGGGGAAAGAACGCUUCCUGGAUCUAGCGCCUGACUUUGUGGGCGACAUUCUCUGGGAACAUCUAGAGAUGCUUCAGAAAGAAGACACAAAGCAUUUCCCUGUCAACGGCCUGUCCUCUACCUUCCAGGAGUCCCACUAUACCUCAGACUACUUUGUCAGCUAUGGCGUUGAACAUGCCCAGUGCGUUCCUCCCUCUGAAUACUCCGAGCCGGGCUUCAUCACAGAGUCCUACCAGACCCUUCACCCAAUCAGCUCAGAGGACCUGCUGUCACUCAAGUACGAAAGUGAAUACCCCAACGUCAUCCUCCGGGACAUGCCCCUCAACCCACUUCAGGGGGACUACUUCUCCGUCAAACAGGAGGUGGUCUCCCCCGACAACAUGUGUGUGGGCCGCAUCAGCAGAGGUAAGCUGGGAGGCCAGGACUCGUUUGAGAGCAUUGAGAGCUUUGAAAGCUGUGACCGUCUGACCCAGUCCUGGAGCAGCCAGUCUUCCUUCAACAGUCUGCAGCGCGUCCCAUCCUACGACAACUUUGACUCCGAGGACUACCCCAACGCCCUACACGGACACAAGCCCAAGGGAACCUUCAAGGACUACGUCAGGGAGCGCUCAGACCUCAGCAAGGACAAACCUGUUAUCCCCGCCGCAGCACUCGCAGGAUACACAGGCAGUGGCCCCAUCCAGCUGUGGCAGUUUCUGCUGGAGCUUCUGACGGACAAAUCCUGUCAGUCCUUCAUCAGCUGGACGGGAGACGGCUGGGAGUUCAAGCUGUCCGACCCUGACGAGGUGGCUCGGAGGUGGGGGAAGAGGAAAAACAAGCCCAAGAUGAACUACGAAAAGCUGAGCCGAGGCCUGCGCUACUACUACGACAAGAACAUCAUCCACAAGACAUCAGGGAAGCGCUAUGUCUACCGCUUUGUCUGUGACUUAAAAAGCCUGCUGGGAUACACCCCCGAGGAGCUCCACGCCAUGCUGGACGUCAAGCCUGAUGCGGACGAGUGAAAACAGAGGGAUGAGAGAAGAGGAGAAGAAGAGAGUAAAGGAGCCGAGGGGACUAGGGCUCAGAGAUUGAUAUUUACCCUCCGGUAAAAGGGGGCGUCCAUUUUGGGACCAAACAUGUUCAUUCUUAACACCUAAACUGUGGUCUGUAUCAUUUUGAGCUGUUGUCAAACGAUGUUCAGAAAGAAAGCACUAUGCCAAAUGUGCAAAUUCAUAAUUUGUUGCAUUUGAGAUAGAUACAGGUAUUACUUAGUAACUCAAGGCAUAUGGAAAGCCAUCAAUUAGAAUAGAGUGGCCAUUUAGCCUAAGUAGGACAAAGAACUGUCAUUGAGGAAGAGGGCCAAGAGACAGUGAAUGAUUCAUUUUAGGGAAGGACAUUGCAUGGAUGGAGAGUUCCUUCUAUGGAAUUUGUUGCCAAAUUAAAGAUGGAAAGUAGUGGAAGUAGGUCACUGUUUCUAUGCCACUGCACACAAUAGGCAUUGGGUAGAGUUCUCAGCUUGGACCAAAAAAGUAUUUUAAUUUUUUACUGUUGUUUCAGAAGCAUAAUGUUUGUGCCAGUAUUAUCGUUGAGAUUGUACUGUUGAAUCUCAGUCCGACCAGGGUUCCCCUGUUUAGUUUUUUUUUUAUGCUGAUGAAGCUAUUCUGAAACCAAACAUUGCACCAUUUAAGGCUAAGUUAGUCCUGUCUCCUCUCUGCGAAAGCCCAAUAACUGAAACAUGCUGAUUUGAUUAUACAGACGACACUAGACACUUGGCCUUUUUACUCAUUUUCAUAGGUUGGAUAGAGAAUAACUUACUCAUACCAAGAACGGUUGAUAGACAACUGAAAGUAACCGUUGCUUUAAAACUGACGCUUUCUCCUUUGCACAUUUGCCGCAUCGCUAUAGAAAUAUACUGUCUGCCACCAGGACUUUGCAGAUUGCAUACAUUACUGUCCUGCCACCAGUAAUACAAGUCCUUAGACACCCUUUCUGUGGUGAGUUUUGAAAGUAUUUGGACACAAAAGAGUCACGUGCUCAAUCUGUAUAUUAAGUGGUUUUCCAUGCCCCCAUUUUAGCAUUGUUUUAGACGAGAACAAAGAGGGAGGGACCUGUUGUCGACAGAUUGAAUUGCGAGCCGUGUACAUGAGGGAUUGUUUUUGUCGGAAAGCUUAGGAAUGUAGAGUGUACUGUAUUUUUGUGUGUUAUGUGGUGUUCUCUGAAUGAAGGGAAGCUGCCAUAGAUAGGUAAGGUAUAUCGAGGUGCAUGAUGGUAGUAGGAUGAAAAGAUAAGGGUUCGAAGCAAGGAGUAUCAACUUUGGAUGACUGUUUGAAGAAGAGGACUGGGUGGUUUUGGGAGGGAACCGUCGAGUUGUGAAGUCAAAGAGAAUGAUCAUCAUUAUGGCAUGAGGAUGAGAUUAAUGCUUGUGCCGCUGCACAGCUUGGAGGCUUUUGUUAACUGAAGUGUUUGUAUAGAUGCUCCCUUUCACCACUGUCAGAGGAGGUAGAGAUCUAUAGGAAACAGGACUACCAUAAACAGUUGAGCUAAAGGACUACUUGGAGAGAUGUGGCAUUGUAUGCUAUUUUCUUACCAUGCUUUGUACAUGCUUUUCUAUGGUUUCUAAGAUAAAAGGACAUCCCAUUCAGUAUAUGAAAUGGAUAAAUGAAAUUAUAUGCCCUGAAAACUGUAUGUACUUGUGCGGCUUGCUGAAGAUCCACAGUAGUUUUGCUGGUUGCUCGUCAGUGGGAACAUGGCUGUACGCAGGCAUUAUGGGAAGAGCCGAAGUCAAGAAAUAUCAUCUUAAAAUACAAAUGUUAUUGUUUACAGUGGCUGAAUGUUACCCAUAUUGAUGAAAAUAGGUUUUGAGAUGUCUAUUUGUACAGAUUGUAUUUCCUAACGCUUUAUUAAGACCCAGAUUAAACAAAUAAGCAAGAGACUAAGCAGGAAUAAUAACCAAACCCAUGUGAGGUCUGGGCGAUAGAUAGAGCCUUGGGUAUGUCCACCAUCUUGGAGGACAGGGACCGUUAUUCCCUCACAUUCAAAGUGUUGUUUCUGCUUUGAUCUUUUGAUUUGUUGGAAAGCACUCAGUGUUAGGACUCAGCGAAGAGAUUUGGCUGGACUGACUGUAGUUCCCCCUUGAGAUUAUAGGAAAGCGAUUUCUUUCCAUAUUAGUUACUUUUUAGUUGGGCAACUAACCACAGAGUUGGUACUUCAAGUGUCGGUCAGCAUAAACACACACCCACACACACAAACAUGUAAUUGUGUAGGGAAGAUUGAAUUCUCUUGAACAAGUCAAUCCACCCAGUCUCUGUGGUUCCGUCGUUUAUGCACGCUACAUGACCAGGAUUCACAUCACUGUUUGAUUAUUACUGUUCAGAUGUUUUUACUUCAAAGAAUGUUUUUUUUUUAAUGUUAGGACAACUGUUCAGAUAUUUAAAUAUAUGCUUAACUUGUUGUUGACGAUGCCUUCCAGCUCCAAGCCAGUCACCAUUUUGAGUAGAUCAGAAUAUAAUAUCUUUGUCUGUUUAAAUGGAACAUAUAGUGUGUCUGUUUGGACUUCAAAGUCAAGUUUGUUUCAGUAAAUGUCAUAUACGUUAAGUUGUAGACACAAGUAUUGCACAGCUAUUUCUAAAUGGACUAAAUACAUACAUACACAGAUACCUUACCAUAUUACCAUAUCUCAAACUGAUCCAUUAGGAAACCUGUUUUGUUAUGGAUGGUGUUGUUUUUUGUAUAUUUUAUAGUGUUUCUGUAUUUUUGUUAAUGAGAUACUUUUUAUGUAUUUAGUUCACAAACAUUUGAAUAUUUUUCAAUAAUUUAUAUUUUAUAAAAGAAAAAGACAGACAGCUGGUGCUUUCAUGGGAAAUAAAGGUAGCACAGGAAAAAAUGUAGCGAUUUUCUUUCGAUAUAGAGAAUAGACCUUUCUGUUAAGGAAAAAGGCUGAUGCUGGCCCAUCAUUGAUUUCUGCUGGGAAGUUUUAUAAACUGAAGCUUCUAUUUCUUAAUGUACUUUAAAAAAAAUAUGUCAUAAAAAAAUAUAUGUGAACAAAUAUUUCAUA